ACCCUAAAAUUUCUUGCAUAAUAUUUUGCAAACCGUAGAAACUCAUCGAGAAUAUUUCGAGAAGGUGCAGUUGUUUGCCAGGAAUUACACCUUCCACCAUUUUGUGUGGUUCUUUGCCCUCGUUACACAAAACGCGUUUGCGUUAAAUACAUUCGCCAACGGAGUUUCUGACUCAUUCAACAAGUGUUAUUAGUGAAGUGAAGCAAUAGUCUCGCUAGUUUAAUUCAAUUUUGUGACAAUUCAUCACCAUGAUUUGGGCUUUGGUGAUUGUGGCGGGUGCGUUGCUGUUCUAUUACUUCCUCUUCCGGCCUCAGCAGUAUUGGUCUGAUAGAAAUGUGAAGCAAGGAACACCAAUUCCUAUCCUAGGGGAUAAUUUUUGGACUAUUACUGGGCAGGAAGCCAUGAUGGAUACGGUCAAACGAUUGUAUAACCGUAACAAAGAUCGUCGUUACACUGGUAUGUACCAAAUGACCUUGCCGACAUUAAUGAUACGUGACCUGGACCUCAUCAAGCAAAUAACAGUAAAAGAUUUCGACCAUUUCGUGGACCACAGACAGUUCCAAGCUGAAGGUGCUGAUCCCCUAUGGACCAAAAAUCUAUUUUCUUUAAAAGGUGACGCAUGGAGAGACAUGCGUGCUACUUUGAGUCCUACCUUCACUUCGAGCAAAAUGCGCGCCAUGUUUGUUUUGAUGGAGAAGGCCGCCCAGCAAUACAUUGACUUCUACCUACAGAAAAACAAAGAUGUCCUUGACAUUGAACUUAAAGACUCAUUCACCCGUUUCGCUAAUGAUGUGAUUGCUACAUGCGCCUUUGGCAUCACCGUUGAUUCUCUAAAAGAACCGGAAAAUGAAUUUUAUAUGAAUGGGAAAGAAGCUACCAACUUCGCAGGGUUGAAACAAACCAUGAAAUUCCUCUUGAAUAUCGCAGCUCCUAAGGUGGCACAACUUUUGAAGAUUAGUUUGUUUACUCCUAAAGUUACACAGUUCUUCAAAGACCUAAUACAUGAUACUGUAAAGAUGCGUGAGGAACAAAACAUCAUCCGACCGGAUAUGAUCAAUUUACUAAUGGAGGCCCGCAAAGGACGUCUUCAAUAUGAAGAAUCCAGUGAAACCCAAGACUCAGGUUUUGCUACAGUUGAAGAAUCUGAUAUUGGGAAGAAGGUUCAAGUGAAGAAGGCCCCAAUGACUGAAUUAGACAUGGCCGCACAAGUCCUCAUCUUCUUCUUCGCUGGUUUCGAUACCAUAUCCACAAUGAUGUCUUUCCUUUGCUAUGAACUAGCUGUUAACCCUGAUGUUCAAGAGAAACUGCGUCAGGAAAUCGAUGGCACCUUAGAAGAAAACAAAGGCAAAAUAUCCUAUGAUGUCCUCAAUAAAAUGAAGUACAUGGAUAUGGUCAUCUCGGAAGGUAUGCGUAAGAAUUCCCCAGCGAUUGCUGUUGAUAGGGUUUGCACCAAAGCCUAUACCAUCAAACCGGAAAGACCUAAUGAACAACCCGUGCAUUUGAAACCCGGCGAUGUUAUCUGGUUGCCUAUUGCUGGAAUACAUCAUGAUGAAGACCUGUAUCCCAACCCAUCUAAAUUUGAUCCAGAACGCUUUUCGGAUGAAAACAAGGGCAAUAUUAAUGCGUAUGGGUACCUACCAUUUGGUUCUGGACCUAGGAAUUGUAUUGGGUCAAGAUUUGCGUUGAUGGAAUGCAAAACUUUGGUUUUUCAUAUUUUGAGGAACUUUGAAUUGACUGUGAUUGCUAAAACUACCAUUCCAAUGAAAUUGGCUAAGCAACAGUUUAACCCUGCUAUUGAAGGAGGGUUCUGGGUUGGAUACAAACGCAGACAGAAUGUUUCUUAGGAAAUAUUAAGUGAUUUAUAAUUAAUUAUUAGAAUAAACGUAGAUAUUUAGUGUUUAAA